CCCUCACUAAGUCAACAUUCGCAAUUUGCUAGUCACAAAGAGCAUCAUCCUUAAACAAAAAAUCAAAAUGAAAUUCGUCAUUGUUUUCGUUGCCCUCUUCGCUGUCGCCUUCGCCGCCCCAGCCACUCCCGAUGGUGAUGCUCAAGUCGUGCGUUUCGAUUCCGAUGUUCAGCCCAAUGGAUUCAACUAUGCUUAUGAGACCAGCAACGGUAUCCAAGAACAAGCCUCCGCCUCGCUCGAUAACGAAGGUUCAGAAAAUGAAGCUAUCUCCGUCAAAGGCUCAUACUCUUUCGUCGCUGAUGAUGGUCAAACCUACACCGUCACCUACAUCGCCGAUGAGAACGGUUUCCAACCACAAGGUGCUCAUUUGCCCGUUGCCCCAGAAGCUUAAGUUAUUAAGUAUGGUUGACUAAGUUAUUGUUAUUUUACAAAAAAAAAAAAAAACGAAUUGUUGUUUAUUCCUAGUAAUCCUCAUAUCAGUCUCGCUAUGACAAACAAUUGAUCCUUUUUAAUUAGUGUAAUCAGUUGUUAGUUAGAGUCUAAGCAAUCGAGGUUUAAUAAAUGUGUAAUAAAUAUGAAGAAACAACAAAA